CCCAAGCGCAGUAAAAUGUGCGAAAGUAGGAGGUUCUUCUUCAUCCCAUUUCUAACUUUUCCCGCCAGAGCCCACACACUUUGAUGUCUUUUCCAUUUCCACUUCUCUGAGCUCUCAGACGCUACGCAGAGGCUGCAGGCUAGACUUCCUGAUCUCCUAUGCUUAUUCGUCUAUAUUUGUCUACUGCAUUCUAACAUGGAGGAAGAGAAAGAUGCUUUUUACGUUGUACGUAAAGGUGAUAUUGUUGGCAUUUAUAAGAACUUAAGGGACUGCCAAACGCAAGCUGGAUCUUCUGUGUGCAAUCCUUCAGUUAGUGUGUUCAAAGGGUAUGGCUUGCCUAAGGAAGCAGAGGAGUACCUAGUCUCGCAAGGGCUUAAGAAUGCUGCCUAUUCUAUCUGUGCUGCUGAUGUUCAAAGUGAUCUUUUUGGCAAACUUGUUCCUUGCCCUUUUCAGCAACCAGCUUCUUCUGGAGGGAAAGCAGUGUACAAGGAUUCUCCGCCAAAGAGAUUUCAAGAAGUGCGCAAUUCAGUGGAAGUGAUUGGUUCAACUUCAAUUUCAACAAUUUCUCAAAAAUUGCAUCAGAAGAUGGAUAAUCAUCUUGAAACUAAUGUGAUGUCUUCUGUUUGUUCAUCCUGCAUUCUCGAGUUUGAUGGUGCUUCAAAGGGAAAUCCUGGUCUAGCUGGUGCUGGAGCUGUGUUGCGUGCUGAAGAUGGAAGCAUAGUGUGUCGACUUCGUGAGGGAUUGGGCACUGCAACAAAUAAUGUUGCUGAAUAUCGAGCUGUAAUUUUAGGACUAAAGCAUGCCCUUAGGAAAGGGUUCAAACAUAUUCGUGUCCGCGGAGACUCAAAUCUUGUCUGCAUGCAGAUUCAGGGUCUAUGGAAAAUAAAAAACCAGAAUCUGGCUGGGUUAUGUAAAGAGGCCAACGAGCUCAAGAAUAAGUUUAUAUCAUUUCAUAUUGAACAUGUUCUCAGGGAGUUCAACUCUGAAGCUGAUACUCAAGCAAACCUGGCCGUUAAUCUCAAGGAUGGGCAAAUUGAAGAGGAGUGCGCCAGAAAGUAACUUAGAUUUUGCUGUGCAACGUAUUUUGCUACAAUGUAGAUAGUAAUAUUAGUGCUUAGAGCUGUAGAUUUUGAAACUUGUGUUUUGGGAGAGAAUCUUUUGGUUCCUCGGUAACUUCUCCAAGGGAUUUUUGCUUUUUCAAGUUAAAAAUAAAUUUUUUUUCUCAA